GUCCGUACCAAUCCCCUUCCUCAAAUUCUCCGCUUCUUGAGCUCUUGGCUCUCUCGCUUCCUCCCCGCUUCCUCCUCUCUGACUGUCCGAGGUGGCUCUCCCUUCACCCUUCUUCCAGAUUUGUAGGAGGCGGAGCACGAGCUCGGGCAGUAGCGGCGGCAGCCACUGGGCCCUCCGGAGGAAGUUGUGGAGCAAGGCGGUGAUGGAGCGCAGCAACUGGACAUAGGUGUGGUGCAUGUCGGCGAGCAUGUAGCGCUGGUGAAUGGCCAGCAUCUGGAGCUCGGAGCGCACCCGGCAGUGGCGCACCGCAUACUCCUCCAUCUUGGACUGGUCGUACCCCAUGGCGACCCGACCGACCAGAGCAGCCGGCUGCCUGCCGCCUACAAGAACCACUUUUUAUUCCUCCCUCUCCUCACAGCAGAAGAGCCCAGUCACAGCAGCAACAGGUGGGGCGAAUCUAGAUGGGGAGCAGCUAGCGAGUGGGCAGGCACUGAGGCGAGCAGAUCUGGAGUGGCUAUCACCUCCUACCGGCUACAACAGGGAGUGGGAUCAGAGAAGGUAUACAUUGAUGACACUAAGUGGUGAUAGAGAUCAGAACUCAAUUAGAUCAUGCCUCUCUAAUGAGGCGGUGAGGUAUUCAAGAUGCUUGAGGUUGGAAAUAUGCCUUACUACCAGAAGAGUUCAGGUUUCAAAGACUCUGCAAUGAUGGUUUGUGGUAUACCGACAAUGGAGGAGUUUCUAUGUUUUGAAGAGGACAAGGCGAUGGGAUCCGACAACCUCACCUAAACACUACAUAAGUUGUACAUGUGGGAGAAGAAGCUUCUUGAGGAAGUUAAGGUGUGGAUGUGGAAGGUGGUGGUGUCGUUUCACCUAAAGACAUGGAAGGGUACUCAAUGGCAAGCAGAUCAGGUUCUUGCUUCUAGGUUGACAACACAUUUGAAGCCACUGCCACCCUUCACAGAUACCUCUGCUACGGUACUCGAUCGCGCCGGUGGCGGCGGCGACGCCUGGUCUCGCGGGUGGGAGCGGCGGUGCAUGGCCCUGCGAAUGGCGGCGGUCGCACGCGGGCGAGCGAGAUCCGGUGCGGGCAAGGGGGAUCAGGCUUGGGCGAGAUCAGGAUUGGGUGCGGGCGGUGGAGCAGGCAUGGGGAUGUGCGAGCCGCGGGGACCUAGGGUACGCUUCGGCGAUUUCUCCAUCUAUUUUUUUCACACUGCUGAGUUCAUCAGUCUGGGAAGGGAACGAGAGGUUUGGGCCUUCAUCAGGUCAGUGGCAGGGGCACAACUGUGACUCUCCUUCCAAAGUAACAUGGACACACACGUAUUACAUAACGGUGAUGGCAUUGAAGGAAAAAAACUAUGUAAUUAGAUGGCAGUUAAGAAAAGAAAAUACAUAUAUGUAAUGGUGAUGGCAGUUGAGGAAACAAAAAAACCAAAUUAAUGGCCGAUAAGGAAAGCUAUUAUUUUUUAUGGCAAUGAGGAAAACAGUAUAGAAUUUGAUGGCAA